UCUCUUGUCCAUCCUUCUCCCGCAACCACUUCACUCACAUCUCCUUUCUGUAAAUCGUACCGCGGAGAGAGCAGAACACAGCCAAGAUGCACUCCAUGUACCCCAUCUUCGCCACCGCCCUUCUGGCCGCCAGCACAACCACGGCCAUCCCCCUCUCCCUCUUCGCCCGCAAAGACGACGCCUCCGCCUCCGCCUUCCCCACCCCCCUCCGCCAAGCCAAAGGCCAAGAAGGCAUGCUCGCCGUCACCCACACCCUCCUCCCCGUGCCCACGGGCAUGGACUGCACGCGCUGGACCCUCGACAUCCACCUCCUCGCCACCAACGACUCGCAAGUCUCCGCCUGGGGCGACGUGUGGGACCUGCCCGUCAAGACCGCCACCCCGUCGUGCGCGACGUGGGAGAAGGAUCCUCAGGCGGGGGCGGAGAAGUACGAUCGGUUGAAUCUGACGACGGUGGGGGUGAGGGGGGGUUGGUUCUGUGAUAAGUGGCAUGUGGAGACGCAUGAGGAGCAUGUCUUUCCCGCUUGUGGGGAGAGGCAUGAGGAGGUUCAUGAGAAGAAGGUGAAGAGAGGUGAGGUAUGAAGCGUCGUUCUCCCAGUACGCUCGUGGGACAGGCCAAUAGGUGUCAUCACUAUUUCCGAGGGCACAGAUGCCGCCACGA